AUGUCUCUGACACAUGGAAUGUCUGUAGCUGGUACUAAAGAUACAGGAUAUGCGCUCAAAGAUCUUGAGUCUCGAGCUCGCGAUGUUAAAACUCCUUCAGCCGAUGAAUACUAUGAAGAUACAGAAUCACACGGAACCGAAGAACUAGUUGAGACCAAGUUGUCCUUUUUAAACAGAGUUGCUGCCAGUCUAAGCGCUGAGACAAAGGGUAUUGAGCCAAUCACAGACGAUGAAAAAACCGACGACUCUAUACUGAACGCCGCGUCCAUGUGGUUUUCUGCUAAUAUGGUUUUGCCUGCCUACGCUAUCGGUGCCCUAGGUCCCUUGAUAUUUGGGCUGAAUUUCGGUCAAAGUGUUCUGGUUAUCAUUUUCUUCAAUCUUAUGGGAUUGAUAUCUGUAGCGUUCUUUUCUGUUUUUGGUGCGGAACUAGGUCUAAGACAGAUGGUCCUUUCCAGAUACUUAGUCGGUAAUGUUGCAGCACGAAUUUUCUCUUUAAUCAACUUUAUCGCUUGUAUUGGUUGGGGUAUUGUAAAUACUGUAGCAAGUUCACAAGUGCUGAAUAUGGUCAAUCCAGGUCAUCAGUGUCCUCUUUGGGCCGGCUGCAUUGUUAUUAUCGGUGCCACUGUGAUUGUGACAUUUUUUGGUUAUAAUGUCAUUCACUCUUAUGAAAAAUGGGCGUGGGUACCAAAUUUUGCUGUUUUCUUAGUCAUCAUUGCCCGUUUGGCAAGAUCUGGAAAAUUUGUCCUUGGUGCAUGGACAUCUGGCCCUACUACUGCAGGAAAUGUGCUAUCGUUUGGUUCAACUGUUUAUGGAUUUGCUGCAGGUUGGACCACGUACGCCGCUGAUUACACUGUAUACAUGCCAAGGAAAACAAAUAAGUACAAAAUAUUCUUUUCACUUGUAGCCGGUUUAGCAGCUCCAUUGUAUUUCACCAUGAUUCUUGGUGCUGCCGUAGCAAUGACUGCUGUCGGUGAUCCAACGUGGAGAGCAUAUUAUGAUGAUAACUCUAUUGGUGGUUUAACAUUUGCUAUCCUUGUUCCAAAUUCUGUUCAUGGAUUCGGCCAAUUUUGCUGCGUUUUGUUAUCUUUAUCCACUAUUGCAAAUAAUGUUCCUAACAUGUACACGAUUGCUUUAUCAGUGCAGGCUACGUGGGAGCCUUUGGCAAAAGUUCCAAGAGUUGUUUGGACUUUAUUAGGUAACGCAGCCGCUUUAGCUAUUUCGAUUCCCGCUUGUUAUUAUUUUUCUACUUUCAUGAAUUACUUUAUGGACUCCAUCGGUUAUUACUUGGCUAUCUACAUCGCCAUCGCCUGCUCCGAGCAUUUCAUUUACAGACGUUCGUUUAGCGCUUACAAUGUCGAUGACUGGAAUAAUUGGGACCGUUUACCUAUUGGUAUUGCAGGCACUGCUGCCUUAAUCGUCGGUGCCUUCGGUGUUGCCUUGGGUAUGUGUCAAACUUACUGGGUAGGUGAAAUUGGUCGUUUGAUCGGCGAUUAUGGUGGUGAUAUUGGGUUCGAGUUAGGGUUAAGUUGGGCAUUUAUUGUUUACAAUAUUGCAAGACCUUUAGAACUCAAAUACUUUGGUCGUUGA